AUGGCGCCCACGCCCGUCGCGCUGAGCACAAGCGCUGCUGCCGCACUGGGCAUCUCCUCGGACCAAUCGGCAUUCAAGGAAGGCUCAGCGGUCAUCUCCAUACCCAAAUCGGACGCCGCUUUCCUGAAUCCUGUACAGGAAUUCAAUAGGGACCUCUCUGUGCUUGCCAUUCGUACCUGGGCCGAGCGGAGGGACAGGGAGAAGAGGGAAAAGUUCGAACAGGCGAUCAGCAAGAGAAAAGAAAGGAGCGCGAAUGGCAGGGGCAAGAGGAGAAAAUUGGCGCAUACAGCGACGUCUAACGGUGAGUGAGGCGUCGUCGGGUGAGAUCGGCGUGAUGAGCGCGGCCAACUUACGCGAACGCUACACGCUGCCCGCAGCGGGAAACGCAGUCUCGCUUGACGCCGCCUCCAGCACAUCCGACAUUCAGGCAGACUUGUCGGCCAGCGCUCCUUCAGCAGCAGCAGCAGCGGGCGAUCUCUCUACUGCCAGCACCAGCCCACACGCACACAUCGAUUCCUCUUACCGACCCUUUACCUUCAACAUCUUCGAAGCUCUCUCAGCCACAGGCUUGAGGUCCAUUCGGUAUGCUCGAGAGAUUCCGAACUUGAAGAGUGUGCACGCCAACGAUCUCUCGCCCACUGCUGUGCAAGCCAUUUGGAAAAAUGUGGCUCUGAACUUUCCUGCUAAUCGCGACAUCAAACAGUGGGCGCCCGAGUUGGAUCAAGGAGAGCCGGAAAAGGAUGCUCUGGAAGCCAGCUCAACUGCCGAAGCUGCUGCCGCCACGGCUCGCAACACUUUGUCUUCUGAGGCUGCGAGCGCGCAGUUCGCCAACAAUGGCGCAGCCAAUGGGGCUGGCCACCCAGCUAUUCAUCCCAACUGCAAGAUCCAUGUGACAGAGCAAGAUGCCAUCGAGAUCCUCUACACUUCGCGAGCGAAGGACAAGCAGUACUCGGUGAUCGAUUUGGAUCCGUACGGUAGUGCAUCGAUGUUCAUAGAUGGGGCAGUCCAAGCCGUGGCGGACGGAGGUUUGCUGUGCGUCACUUGCACCGACCUGGUGGUGUUGGCGGGGAACGCGUAUCCCGAACGAGCCUACUCCUUGUACGGCGGCACGACGACGCGGAACGAUUUUGUGCACGAAGUUGCACUGAGGUUGGUUUUGGGCUUGAUUGCCACCACGGCAGGAAGGUACGGUCGAGCCAUCACGCCCCUGCUCAGUCUUUCUAUAGACUUUUAUCUCCGAGUGUUUGUCAGCGUACAGACCAGGCCUGUGGAUGUCAAGAUGCUGGCUAGCACCAUGGGCACCGUGCAGACUUGUCCUGAUUGCGGUAACUGGGACGCAAAUGCUUUCGGACGCAACAAGGCAGAGGGGAGAGCGGAUCUGAUCAAGUAUCAGGCUGGCACCAGCCAUGCUGCGGGUACCAACUGUCAGGAAUGCGAGAGUCGAUUUCAUGUGAGUGCCAGCGAUGAUCGGGGAGGGUGCAAGGUGCGCGGAAAGCGAAAGCGCAGUACGUCGAAGAUGAGCUACACAUGUACUAUUCAGGAAUCUCGUUAGGCUUACCCAAUACACGUGGGGAGACAAUCCAUGAACCGCUACUCUGAGGCGAGCGCUUGGGGAGGAGCAAAAGGAAUGCAGAGCCGGACGAUCGGUAGAAGGUGUCAAGUUCUUGGUGCAAAGCUGACCCUUUGUCUUCUUUGUUGUGCGGACUUCCCGGCACUUUGCAGGUGGCGGGCCCCAUGUGGCUCGGACCGCUACAUAUGCCCAGCUUCGCCGAGGAGAUGCUUGAGGUUUUGGAGCGAGCGCCCGUGCGCUUCCGUACAGCUCCGCGUAUCCGUGGUAUGGUGGGAAUGGCAAGCAAAGAGCUUUCCUCUCCAUUCUUCUUCAUCCCACCGAAGAUCUCCAGCUAUUUCCAUACAACCAACAUUCCCCUCACCACUGUCGUCUCUUGUCUCUUGAAUGCGGGAUACGAAGCCUCUAGAAGUCAUGCGCAGCCGGCUAGCAUCAAGACGAAUGCUAGUCCGACUGUGGUGAGAGAUCUCUGGAGACAGUGGGUCAAGGAGAAGUCGCCGAUCAAUGAAAAGAAUGUGCACGAGAAUAGUCCGGCGAGGAGAUUGCUCUCGAAGGAGUGCGCUACGACAUUCGAGCUUGACAAGGAUCAUCCGCAGACGAGGCGGGUCCUCGGACUGGACCAAGACGGCAAGAAGGACGCAGGCGUCAAGUAUCAAGUGAGUGUGCUCUAGUGGCAAGACCUUCGGCUCGCGGAGCGAGCUGCCAUACGUUUCGGCAACAGUAUCGGAAAGGCUGACGCAUCUGUCGAUGGCUCUUGCUGCUUGCCGCAGCUAAACCCUCUGCCAAACUGGGGCCCCGGAAAAGCAGCCAGACCAGAAUCUCAAAAAGAUCGCAGACGAGCAGCCGCAGCGGCUGCUGCGGCUGCGGCAGCAUCGAACGAGUCGAAUGAAACGGGCGAGAGUCGGGCGAAUGGCAGCGGUUUGGCUGCCAGUGCUGAAGUUGACGCGUCAGCCCAAGGCGAUGCGCAAGCCAACAACCAAGCAACGUCAAUGGACGAAGAUGAGCUUCGCAAUUCGUAA